AUGGUAUCUAAACUUCUUCUUGUUCUUAUUGUAUGCUUAACUGUUGUUAAGUUACAAGUUGAUGCAAGUAAAAUUUGUUAUAAAUGUGACGAAAAACAUGCACGUCCUUGGUGGAAAUUUUGGGCUGAAAAAGUAACAAAAUGUCAAGGAGUUUCAGCUGAAAAAUAUAAAACAAGAACUUCAGCAGCAUUGGGUGCAUCUGUUUUAACAUGUUACACAAAAUUCGAUGAUGCAGGUGCUGUUAUUAAACGUGAUGCUUAUGGAUUUGGUGAAACAUUUGAUAAAACUGUUAAAUGUUCAGAUCGUUAUCAUACAUGUUGUGAAGAAGAAUUAUGUAACAAAGAUACUCAAGCACCAUGUCCACCAACACCUAAAGCAACACCACAAAAAGAAGUUAAAGCUUGUUAUGAAUGUAAAGGUUAUGAUGCUUGCAGACCAGAAAGACUUCACCAAGGAGCUGAAAUUCGUACUUCAAGCGUUUUAGGUGCCAAGAAUCUCUAUUGUUUCACAAAAUUUGAUCCCAAAACAGGUCAUGCUAUUGCUCGUGGUGGUUUCGGAUUUGGUGAAAUAUUCGAUAAAUCUCUCAAAUGUGACUCGAAAGAUUAUUUAUGUUGUUAUCAAGAUUUAUGUAACACUCAAACCGCUGGUUCAUGUGCUAAGCGACGAAAUUAA